UCUGCGGACGAUGGAGAAUAGCAGAAGCUUUACUGGAUAUACCAAAAAAAACAUUUGCAGAUGCAAUGAAUUGUUAUCGAAAACAAUUUAGUACAAUGAGUGAUGUGCAUGGAAUUCAUCAUGCCUUCAAGGAUAUUAAAUUCGUAUUGAAAACAAAGGAAAUGACGUAAUUUCAAGUUAGCCUAUCACUUGAACUGAGGUUUUAUUUGGAAUUUAAAAUAAAUAACAUAAAACUUCCCAUCUCAAUGUGAAGCUCUCGGAGCAAAAUAGUUUCAACACUCAUGACAAACAAAAAUCAGCAUGUUACGUUUGAAUGGCUCAAGUUACAACAACGUUGAAGCUGGAAAAAUCUGAGGCAUAAGUUGGAAAAGCUCGGGCUUUUGCACCUCCACGAUGAAGUAGCUUGUUCGCAAGUUCUAACUUCUUGGACACUUCUCUCCUGUACUCGGGAUGACGGAGUGCAGUAACCAUACCGGAGGCGAUCCUCACGGAGAGGAUGAAGAUUCCUACGCACUACAGAUUCAAGUGACGAUGACAUGUGUGUAUUCUCUCAUCACAAUAUGCGGGAUAUUGGGCAACGUUCUGACGUGUGUGGUGAUCGCAAGCAACCGCAUCAUGUACACGGCCACCAACUACUACCUCUUCAACAUGGCCGUCAGCGACCUGCUGCUUCUCGUCAUGGGCAUGCCGCAUGAAAUGCAGAUUCUAUGGUCGCCAUGCCCGUACGUUUUGGGUGGCGUGUUCUGCGUGGCACGAGGCUUGGCCGCGGAGACAUCCACGAACACGUCGGUGUUGACGAUCGCGUCGUUCACAGUGGAGCGCUACAUCGGCAUCUGCCACCCCAUCAGGAGCCACACUCUGGCGCGCCUCAGCCGCGUCAUGAAGAUCAUCGCCAUGCUCUGGGUCGUGGGGUGUCUGGGCGCCGUGCCACAAGCCAUCCAGUACGGCAUAGAGGACGGCGAGUGCAAAGUGGUGAACGCUAUUAACUACACGUUUGAGGUCUCAACAUUCCUGUUCUUCGUGACGCCCAUGACUCUGAUCACGGUGGUCUAUGUCAAGAUCGGUCUGGAGCUCUACGGAGGACAGAGACCGCGAGCCUCUCACAGAGGCUCUCUGAGCCACAGCAGCUCUGCAGCUCUAGACCGCAGCCGCAGCAGAGGCGUUAUAAAGAUGCUGGUUGCGGUGGUGGUGGCUUUCUUCGUCUGCUUUGCCCCGCACCACGCGCAGCGCCUGCUUGCCUUCUACGGCGACAGCAGCAACCACGUUCAGGUUAUUGUGUACAAGUUCCUGACGCACAUUUCCGGAGUUUUUUUCUACAUGUCGACGUGCAUCAACCCCAUCCUAUACCACAUCAUGAGCAAGCGUUUCAGGCAGGCCUUUAAGGAGACAAUGCGGCGCUGCUGCGGCUAUGGCCGGUCUCAGCUACAAUAUCAGCUGAGCGUUGGAGACAAUUUGGUGAAACCAAAGAGCCUGCUGCCAAAUAAAGCUUAAGAAUCUUCCGGACGAGACUUUCUCUUGAGACUCUACGCCGUCGGACAAGACGAGGUGAUGACUAAGUGAACGACUCCCGAAGUGAACGACUUCGAGGUCAUUACCAGGUGAACAACUCCGAGGUCAUUACCAGGUGAAUAACUCCGAGGUCAUUACCAGGAGAACAACUCCAAGCUAUGAACCUCCGACGUCUUCUUGGCUUAACUCAACCCUACCACUAAAUCGGUCUUCUCCCCAGCCCCUGCGUUCGCACCAACGUCUGCAACGCCAACACUCAACAUCGCAGAGAAGCAGCUGCAAUCAACAAUUACAUUCCACAGAUCUUAAUAAAACAACACUUCUAUGCACCGCUUGUCCCUGAAUCGUGUGAAGAUAAUUUUACCCAACACCACAACUUUUUACAAUUUCCAGUACUCAUGCUGUUCGCAGCCCAUGUUGCGAAGUAAGAAAAAUCAGCCUAUGCUUCUAGUGGACUUCCGUACUACCUGUUUGACUCCCAACGGAAAUACUCAUCUCCAGAAUAACUUACAAGGCUGCCAUGUCUAACUCCCACUCCAUUGUCAAUUGACUGGCAUUGAGUCGAGUUUCAACCCUUCUACAAUGGAUGAAGCAAAUGCAUGAGUUCUUCUAGAUAGACAUAAGUAAAUUAUCCAGGCUCAUGUUCUCUUUUUAUGUUCGCAUUAAGUGCGCAAUUCCUAGUCUAACUUUUAACUUUUAGAGGUGUAUGUUAAUACAAAAUUCUAACAUAAUACAUAGCUGACUGAUAAAAAAUUUAACUAAUCAAACUAUGUUCGUUUCAAAACUAAAACUUGCUCGUAUUUAAGCUCGAUGUAAAGAAAGUAUGUUUAAACAGACACAUUAGCUAAAAAUAUUUAGGAUCUAUAGUAACUUUAAAUAAAAUAUCGUUGCACCAUUGUAUAAUAGUUGAGUAUGCGUGAGUAGACUGAUGCAAAAUAAUUAAGAAAAUGUUGAACAAUGAAGAGCAAUAACUAACAAUGAUGGGAGGGGAUUUCUCCGGUGAUUAAGUCCUAGCGGCUGAAGUAAUGGGUUCGUAAGCAUCUCAAAAUUACACGAAGAAUAUUUAAAGAUGAAUUCUCAAACAAGUUUAUGUGAAAUUGCGUUACUGAAUUACGAAAAUUCGGUCUUUAUAUUUUGCAGUAAUUGAUCAGAGGCCUUUCGACGUAAAUUAGUUUGAGUAUCUAAACCAAAAUCCGUAUAAAUUCGUUAUUGUAACACAAUAAAUGACAAAUGAAUGAUUUAAAAAUCUUACUGAUGACUUAUUUCUUCUUUACUUAUAAUCACAAUUCGCACAGCAUUUUUUUACCUCUUAGGAUAAAGAUUUAUGUAUAUACCUAUUUAUAUGGAACAAAUGGUGAACACUCUCGGACACUAAAAUGUUCUGCGUUGAUCUCGGGAGUAUCGAUGGUUCUUGCUGCUUAAUUGAAACUUCAAUGUGGUGUAAGAUCGUUUUAGAUAUACGAUCGUUAUUUUGACUUUAUCUUUCUAUAACCAUUACUUUAAAAUUCUCUUUACUGAAUCAUCACUUUUUAAAUGAAAAAUUCCGAACGUUAUUUUUUUCUUCUGGUUUUAUUUAUGAGUUAGGUUCACAAAUUUGAUGUUUCGCACCAUUCCCGCAAUCUUCUGCCUAUCAUUUGGUAUUAAAGUCUGAGACUGUACAGAAAAUGGAUUUAAAUGGCCAAAUUUAGUCAUCAUCUGGCGUACAUAUCAUUCGGUAUCAGUGCGGUGCAGUCCUUGCAAGCAUAUCAACAAAUUUACGCAAGUUCAAUCAAAAUUUCUAUUUUUUACAAAUAGUGCAAGCUUAUAUGGGAAAUCUACCCAUUAGCUUCUCUGAAUUCCUCGAAAUGAGGAUUUUUUCUAUCGCUUUUAUGACCGGAACGCCUUCUGUUGAAUAAAUCCACAAUUAUGCGGUCAACUUCGUCAAUGUAACGAAAUGCAAGUAAAUUGAAAAUUUCGUACUAAAAAUAUCAGCAAUUUCUUCACCUACUCAUGUACGUAAGUAAGGUCAAGCCUAGCCCUCGAGCUCAUUUCUAAUAUCGGCAGAAAGUACAUGAUCUCGCAUAGAAUUAUUUCUCGGUUAUCUCAAUAUACAAAGGCGUUGUCAUCGAACUGAUUUAAUCAUGGGGUUAAAAUUCUCUGCUGUUGAGAUACAUAAUAUUAUGGAACCUUUGAGCAUGUGAUGCCACCAUAGCUGCGCUCUGGACAAUGGUUAUCCGCGGAAAGGGACUAUGUAUAUUUCUGCAGCUUUUACCACGCUUUACCUGCGUCAUGCUGUAACGUGAUAUGUGUAAUUACAUUGGUUUAUUCUGUUUACAUUGGUUUAUACUAUUACAUUGGUUUAUACUAUAUUAGAAUUACAUUGGUUUAUAGUAGUACAUUGGUUUUUACUCUAGUGUUACAUUGGUUUAUGCUAUAUUUUUCCCUCCGAAUGACUCAAUUUAAAAGAAAUGCCAUUAGUUUAGACGAACUCGAUCAAGUUCAGUUCUGCAUUUAUUGUAUCUUGAAGAUGCUUCCGUUUUUUUUUUAGCUUAGGCUGAUGUUUAUAAAUUUGUUCAAACAUAUGUAGAUACACAUCAUUGCGUGGAUGUCAUGGUUCCUCCCAAUGAUUAGGAGACAAUUAAUAUGUUACUGGCUUAGAUGUCUGGCUCAACGGGAGUGAAAUAAAAAUCCGUGGGAUUUUUCUUCGCUUUAUUUCAUAUGGGUGACGUGGAAUA